UUCUCAGACUUCUGUUCGUCUCAUCAAAUUUGUCUACUUUUAAUAAUGCAUUCGACGUGGAUUUCACUGAAGUACUCUUGCACUCCGCCGCGCAUAUCUAUACGAAAACUUCGAUUGGUUUUCACUCCUUGAAAAGGACAUAAUUACAUAGAUUCCCCGGAAUUGCUCAUAUAAUCCUGCAUAGGAUUGAGUGCAGAACAGUGUCUUCCCUUAUAAUCGAUGCUCUUCGCCCGGGGGAACGGAGCUGAGAAGUGGCUCAAUGAAUCUCGCGUUCGAAGCUCCCGUUACUUCUUUGAUGAUCUGCCCCCUGGAGUGACGAAAACGACGAGGCAUAAAGAGGAUUCAAGUGAGAAAGCGAGACGGAACUAGACGAAAAAAAAAGGGGGGAAAUCUCGGAAGUGAAGAUGUCGAGCCAGGAAGAGGCUCAUGGCCGGAACUCAGAUAAACCCGGCGGCGACGUCGACGCAAAUCGAGCCGACAGAUCGCCGCUCGUCCGCCUUUGCCAGCGACAAUCGUCAGUGCCACUGGUGACGACUUUUCUCCUGAUGGGCUCCUAUGUAUCGUAUGGAAUGGUCGUCGGCGUAAUCGGGCCGACAAUCCUGGACCUGGCCCUGGUCCUGGACAAGACGUUGACGGAUGUGUCCUUCCUGGUCAUGACGCGCCCGCUCGGGACCUCGCUCGGGGCCAUCUUGAGUCCGUUGUGCUGUCGACGAAUGAACCCGUUCCUGUUCCUAUUCGCUGUCACGUUGCUGUCGGGCGUGUCCCUGGUGGCGACUCCUUUCAGCCGCGACGUGUAUCUCACUUCUUUCUUCCUCGGGCUAGCUGGCCUUGGCACCGGUCUCCUGUCGACUGGCUCCAACAUUUACAUGCUGGACAUGUGGUCGGACAAGGCUCUGCCGUGGCUGCAAGCGACCUACGGACUUCUCGGGGUCGGGGCUUUAGUCGCCCCUUUGAUCUCGGCGCCUUUUCUCCUCGAGACGCCGGCCAACGACGAUGAUCAAGGUGCGCCGGGUGGAAUUUCCAAUAGCUCCACAUCCGUAUUGGCCGCCGCCGAAGGUACUAAUGAGACUCAAGUACACUACGCGUACGUGAUCAUCGGGGGAUUCACUAUCCUGACAUCGCUGACAUUCCUCGUCCAGUGGAUGUGCGUGGGCAACUACAAAUUUUCUGGCCGGAUCGCACACAGGGACUCAAAGAAAGCUCGCAUUGAAAAUUCGGAUGCGGUGGAUUUGCGAGAGGAGAGAAAUCGACGCAUCCUGAAAGUCCUGAUCAUUAUGACGGCCUGCUUUUUCUUCUUCGUCUUGGUAUACUCCGAAGUCGGGUUGGUACUCAUGCCGAUCAAACAGCAUUACGCGGACUUGGUGGUACCGUUUGCACACUACUCGGAUCUUCAAAUGCCCAAGAAGGAAGCGGCCAACAUCAACUCGUUUUACUGGGCAGCGUACACGGCAGCACGGCUCGCGUCCGCCGUCUUGGCCAUCAAGAUGGGGCCGUUCAAAACACUCCUGAUCGAGUUCGUGAUCGGAACAAUAGGCACUCUACUGCUGCUCUUCUUCGCUAAUCAUUCGGUGACGUGGCUGUGGAUCGGAUCUGGUUUGCUCGCAAUCGGCAGAGCCGCCAUCUAUGCAGCUGGAAUCGCUCACCUCGAAAGG